AUGAAGCUGUUUGGAGGUUUAAUAAUCUGGGUCUGCCUAGCCGCAGCAUGGCUUUCUACGUUCGCCACCGGCUUUCAGGUCCAAGUGCGAAUUCCUAUAUGGGAUGUUUCAGGACUUAUUAAAAAAUUCACCGGUUCCACCACGGGCCAUGUCAGUAAUCACAAAAAAAAAGAACGACCUGUUCCUGAAGACUAUUGGCCGCCGUUAUAUGGAUACUAUGAUCCGUUGGCUUACCCACCGCCACCUUAUUACCCAUUCCCCCCUUAUGCGCCACCGACAAAUCCACCAACACAUCCACCAACAAAUCCGCCAACCAAUCCUCCAUCCAAUCCUCCAACAAAUCCGCCAACAAAUGCACCAACAAAUUCGCCCACGAAGGCACCAACGAAACGUCCAACGAAGCUGCCAACGAAAAAACCAACAAAGGCAACAACAAAACGACCAACAAUUCGACCAACAAAUACACCAACAAAGCUGCCAACAAAACCACCAACGAAACAACCAACGAAGCCAACGACUACAGAACCGCCGGAAGAAACAACAACUGAAGCAACAGAAUCACCAACAGAUACAACAACAGUGAUUUCAACCACGGAGGCAACAACUGAGACCACAACAACGAACACAACUACGGAAGAAACAACCGACGCAACGACGGACGCAACAACAUAUUCAACAACGGACGCAACUAUGGACGGAACAACAGACGCAACUACGGACGCAACUACGGACACAACAACGGACGCAACCACGGACGCAACUACGGACGCAACUACGGACGCAACAACGGAAACAACACUCACAUUAAGAGAUCAUGAUCUAUGCUUAUUGUUCCCUCACACUCCAGAGUGUCAAAUAAUUGAAUCGGUGCACCUAGUAAACAACAAGUUCAGUAACGUGUUGUAUCCGGAAAAGAAGCUAUCGAUUGAAACCAUGCCUCACUCAGUGACCUCUCUUUGCUUCUAUUAUCCGCGCCUGUGCAUGAGGCCAGAAGAAGCUCAGUUCGUAAGAUUGUCGGACGAAAAUGGAAGACCUUUGCUCUUGAUAAGUCCAGUAGAAGAA